GGUCGCCCGCUGAGCCGCCACCCGGCAGCCAGCUGCGCACAGGGUCGAGCAGCGCGGCCCACGGAGAUGGGGGCUUGGGCCCUGCUGCUGCCGCUGCUGGUGGCCACGGCACGGGCCCAGGUCUGCGCCGUAAGCAACAACAUCUUCGAGGUCCAGGAGAACACGAUUCAGAGCGGGCCCCUGGCUCACAUCGACGUCCCCGCGGGCCAGCAGGUGACCCUCGGGUCGUCGUCCACUCCCUUCGCCUUUCGGAUCCAGGGGACUGAGCUGUUUCUCAACGUGACUCCUGACUAUGAGGAGAACACCCUGCUGGAGGCGCACCUGGAGUGCAAGAGUGGCAACACCGUGGUGACCCAGCUGAGGGUGAUUGUGUUUGUGCUGGACGUCAACGACAACCCACCCAAGUUCCCCUUUAAACUCCGGGUGGAGGACGUGCCCGAGGACAGUAAAGUGAACACCACUGUCAUCCCUGAGACGGAACUGGAGGCUCAAGAUCCCGACAAGGAUGACGUCUUGUUCUACACCCUCCAAGAGGUGACCCCGGGUGCUGGUAGCUUCUUCUCCUUGCUGGGCACCAACCUGCCCGCCCUGCGGCUGGACCGGCCCCUGGACUUCUACAAGUGGCAGAACAUGAGCCUCCUGCUGCUGGUGCGGGACACACAGGAGGAGAACGCCCAGCCCAGCCACACAGCCACGGCCACCCUGGUCCUGGACGUGCGGCCCGCCGACCUCCGGCCCCCCUGGUUCCUGCCCUGCGCCUAUUCAGACCUUUACGUCUGCAUCAACGCCGAGUACCAGGGGGCCAUCCCCACAGGCCACAGACUGCCAGCCCCCCUUGUCCUGCGUCCCGGGCCCAUCUAUGCCGUGGACGGGGAUCGGGGCGUCAACCAGCGUGUCCUCUACAGCAUCGUGACAGGACAAGACGACGGCACAUUUGCCAUCGACGCCAACUCGGGCAACCUCACCAUGACCAGGAGCGUUCCCAGCCCAAAGACCUUCACGCUGCUGGUCAAGGGUGAGCAGUCAGACGGCGCCCGCUACUCGGUGACCUGGGUCACGAUCGAGGCCCGAAGUGCCACUGGCAGCGUGCCCCAGUUCCCGCAGAGCCGCUACUAUGGCACCGUGGCGCUCAACUCUGCAGUGGGCGUGGAGAUCCGAGACACAGCCAGCCCCUCCCUGCCUCUGAGGGUCUGGGCUCAGGACCCCGACUUUCCGGACCUCAACUCCGCCAUCACGUAUCGCAUCACCAAUAACACCAAAUUCCGGAUGGAUGGCGAGAUCGUGCGGACCGCCGCCCAGCUGACCCAAAAGGGGGUCUCCUAUGCAGAGGUUGAGGCCAUGAACACCGUGACCGCAGGCACCGCCCGCUCGGUGCUGGAGAUACAGGUGCUGGAGCCGCAGGGACCCGCCCCCACAGGUUCAUCAGGGCCCCCAGAAACCCCCACACCCCCAGGGGCUGGAGGAACCACCAGCCUCUCGAGCAGCACUGCCUCAGAAGCCCCCAGGCCCCCGGGGCCCUCCCAGGGAUCCUCUACGACCAGCUCUGGGGGGGGCGCUGGCCCACAUCCCCCCACAACCACAACUCUGAGGCCACCAGCCUCAUCUACGCCCGGGGGGCCCCCCAGUGUGGGAACCAGCACCUCCCUCCCAUCAGCCUCACCCAGCGGGGGCUCAACACCAACACUGGAGCCAGGAACCUCUCAGCCGCUGGCCCCUGACCCCAGCAGGACCCCCCAGCCCUCAGCAGGACCGGCCCAGAGCCAAGCUGAGGACCGGCGCUUCUCUGCGGUGGACAUGGCGGCCCUGGGCGGGGUGCUGGGCGCGCUGCUGCUCCUGGCUCUGAUCGCCCUCGUUAUCCUGGGCCACAAGCAGUUCGGCAGGCGGCUCAAGUGCUGCUCCGGAAAAGCCCUGGACCACCAGGCGCUCGCCUUCGACAACCAGGCCUUCUCGGACCCCCAAGAGGCCAACUGGGCGCCGGCUCCGCGCGCCUCCCCCGGCCCCACGCGGGCGGGGCCCCCCGAGCCCCCCGAGCCCACGCCCCAAGAGGCCUCUGGCUCCGCAGCCGCGGGCCCUGCCCCCGGCGCCCCCGAGGCGGCCCGGGAUGGAGGCAGCCCCGCCGCCGUGAGGUCCAUCCUGACCAAGGAGCGGCGGCCCGACGAGGGCGGCUACAAGGCCGUGUGGUUCGGGGAGGACAUCGGGGCCGAGGCCGACGUGGUGGUCCUCAACGCGCCCGCCCCCGACGCGGCCCGCGCCCCCGACUCGGGCAGCGAGCACAGCGGCGACGGGGACGACGAGGACGGGGAGCCCGGCGGGGGCUCCACCUACGUCUAGCCCGGCGCCCCCCGCCCCCCGCGCAAAAUAAAGGCACGGUGUCCAAGCUCUGCUGCGCCAGGGUGCCCAGAGCCGCCGCCGGAGGGGAAGGCGUGGCCUAUGCGUCCCCUCCCCCACCCCUCCCCCCCGCCCCCCGCAGCUCUGCGUCCCGCUUCCCGUAAACCACCUGCCGCCUCGGGGCUUCCCGGGCUGGAGCCAGCUGGCGGCCCAAGUUCCUCUCCCGGUGUGACCGCGGCCGCACCCUGCGCGGCGGGGGCACCCCUUCUUUGCCUGGGGGCUGAGGGGCCCCCCUCGGGAACACUACUCUGGAGGGCGAGGUCCCGGGCCUGCGGGGCGCAGCGGCCGCAGCGGGGACAGAACCCCUCUGGGGGCCUCCUCAGGGGGGGACCUCCCUGACCCUCGUGGGCCCUCCGCGCUUUUCCUGAUGAAAAGGCAUCCCCAAUGCCGUUCCAAAUGUCUUAUUCUAGGGAUCCCUGGGUGGCGCUGCGGUUUGGCGCCUGCCUUUGGCCCAGGGCACGAUCCUGGAGACCCGGGAUCGAAUCCCACGUCGGGCUCCCGGUGCAUGGAGCCUGCUUCUCUCUCUGCC